AAAAUUAAAUAAAAAAUUUAAUUUAACCAAACAUAAUAACUUAGAUUAUAUUUUUUUUAACAUAUAACAACAAAAUACUUCAUCAUGGACCUUUAAUGUAUUAGUGACCAAACAUCAAUGUGUUGCUAAAAGUAGAGUUUCAACAACCACGUACGUGGUCGCUAAUUAUAGAACCAUAUAGUAACGUCAAAUUUUGUCGCUGUUAAUUCUUGUUUGUCGCUAAAAUAGACUUAGUGCACAAAAAAUUGUCCCCACCAAACUAAUAGCGACUAAGUUUUAGCAAUGAAAUUACUUCGUCGUUAAUGACGUUCUACAAAAUCUACAAUUUCCUUAUUUUGCAACGGGCAUUAAAUUUAGUUGCUAAUUAUUUGCUUUUAACAACAAAAUUAUCUUCAUGCUAAAUGUUUUGUCUCCAUAUCACAAUAUUGUUGUAGUGUUAAGGUUCUUAAAUCCUAACAUGUGGUUGCUACAUCCACUAUCCAAAAUCCACAAACCAGCACUACUAACAUUAGAAUUCAGAUAGGUAAGAAACAGUUUAGCUGCUUCUUCCUUCUUUUCUGCAUAGUUAGCUUGUUGUUUUGCUUUGGUGCAGGAAUAAGCUUCUAUAUGACCAUAUUUUUUUACAAAAAUGACAUUGCUUACCCUUAUAACCUUGACUUUGAUUGCUUUUCUCAUUGUCAUCUUGUUGAUAGUUUGUGUCGGAUCUUCCUCUACCAUGGCCUCGAACUCUUCCACGACCUUAAAAGCCACCUCUUCCACAGCCUUUUCCUGUAUUCUUUUGGUUGCCUCUUGACUUUGAAUUCUCACUUGAUUCAAAUGCAUUUUUUGCACUUUUCUCGAUCGACCUAUUUAGUAGCUAUUCAUGAGCUAAAAGAGAACACAUGACUUCAUUAAAUGAAUACUUUGAUAAGUCCUUCGAUUCCUCUAUGGCGGCGACAAUAUGAUCAAAUUUAGGAGGAAGACUUCUCAAAACUUUUUCAACAACUUUCUUCUCAGAAAUAUAAUCACCAAGACUUUGCAUACCUUCGUCAUUUUUUAUGUAGAGAUUUUCAAAUUCUUUUUGGUGAGUUUGUAGCCUCACUGUUCUUAUUCGGUCAUUUCCUUGGUAUUCUUGCUUCAAAAUGGUCCAAGCUUUAUUUGAUUUGGUAGCAUUUGCAUUUCGAAGAAACAUGGUGUCGUGCACUGCCUACUGCAACACAAGCAAUGCCUUGGCAUCUUUUUUGCGGAGCUCUUUUUGAGUUGUUGUCUUAUCUGCAUUUUUUGAACUUUCUGCUUUUGCAUAACUAUACUCAACUAGAUCCCAAAGAUCUUGUGAAAUAAAAAAGUUCGCAUUUUGAUGCUCCAAAAUUCAUAAUUUUCUUCAUUAAAAAAUGGAACCAAGGAUUGAGAGAAAUUAAGUGCACUUGCAUUACUCAUGGUGCAAACAAGUGUAAUGAGAAUAUCUUAAUGAGCUUUCCAACUCACUAUAUCUUAACGAGCCUUCCAACUGCUUCUUGCUACAGAGGACACCACAACGUCCAACCUUGAUCACAACUGGGCUCUGACACCAAUUGUAGGUGAAAGAAGCUUUCCAAAGUAAAUUGAUGCUCACUAAUAAAAUUUCCUACAGCAAUGAACCGGAAGAAAUAAAAACUUUCAUUCAAAAACUUGGUGAAUUACAAGCUUACGAACAAGGAUUAAAUAGAAGAAGAAAAGUUGAGGGUCAGGAGAACCCAACUCAACACGUGUUCUCCACUACACCCACUACACAUGUGCUCCUAAAAACUAGUUACUGUGAACUCCAGAACAUAAACCCACUACUUACACAAAUUAAGCCACUGCACUAUUUACAUAACUUACUCAACUUCUAACUUAAUUAGCCCACUAUUACCACUGCUUGCAUCCACUACUUGUCUAUUACUAUAUACUAAAGUGCGUGGGGUAUUGUUCUUUGCUUGACACGUGUCUGAUUCAACGACUCGGUACACCUGAUACACCGUAGACCAUUGAUUGUGAGGGUUUGGGAAUGACGCGUGUCUCCCAAAACCCUCCCCUUCUCUCUCUCCCUAUAUAUAUAUAUAUAUAUAUAUAUAUAUAUAUUAUAAAAUUUCAAAUUUUGGAUAUCGAAAUUUUAAUUUAUUUCCAAAUUUUCAACUUCAAAUCUAUUACUAUAUACUAAAGUGCGUGGGGUAUUGUUCUUUGCUUGACACGUGUCCGACUCAACGACUCGGUACACCUGAUGCACCGUAGACCAUUGAUUGUGAGGGUUUGGGAAUGACACGUGUCUCCCAAAACCCUUCCCUCCUCUCUCUCCUUACCUAUAUAUAUAUAUAGGGUCUUAAAAUGUUAUAUUAUAAAAUUUCAAAUUUUGGAUAUCGAAAUUUUAAUUUAUUUCCAAAUUUUCAACUUCAAAUUUUAAAAUUUUAAAUCCUAAACUAUAGAAAAUUUUGAGCUAUUUUUUUAAAUUGGUUUGCUUCAUUGCCUACCAACUAUUAAACCAAUUAGAGUACUCCAUUUUUUGUUAUUUAUCUAUUGUAAGUCCAAACUGUAGAACAAAUUAUAUCUAAUUUCUUCACGUUGGUGCUUAAUUAUGCUAAAUUUUAAAAAAUUUUAUAAAAUUAAAUAUUUGUUCAUAAAUUCUAAAAAAAUUUAUAAAGUCAGUCAAUUAAAAACCUACGAACCAAGUAACUUUUUUCUAUUUUAUCGUAAUAUUUUCAAUUCUCGAUAUUGCUUACAUGGGUCAACAAAAAAUGAUCUGAAUAGAGUUAGAAGAAUAAGAAUUAAAAAAAAAAAAACAAAAAAGCGGAUUGGUAUCUUUUGAACAAACUAGCCUAAAAAUAAGCGUAUUACAAAUUUUUCCUUUUUUGCUUCAGAAAAUAUUGAAAGUUUACGGAACCCCAAGAAUUUAAAUAGAAACUAUCAAAUACCUAAAGACAAAAUCUCUAAUAAAAUUUUAUAUUGUGGAAUUAGAUGUUGAUACAAAUAUGUGUUUAAUAUAUAUAUUUAAUAGAAUCUUAUAUUUUAUAAAUAUAAUUAACAAUAUACCUAUUGUACCUGCGGCAAAGCGCAGGUACAUCGCUAGUAUAAUCAUAUGACCACUAACAUCAUAAACAAAUUUGCAUCAUUUUCCAAUACAAGUUUAAGGAGUUUUGAAACGAUUGGGAAUGCUCAGCAGAACAAAAAUUGCCUCUCUCUUUUCCUCUCUCUCUCAUUUCAUUUCUCUCCUAGUUCUCUAUUUUUAUUUGAAAAUAAAAUAUAUAGAGCACUCUUUGGAGUAAUCUAGAGAGAAUAAGUCGAUUGGAAUGGAUGUCGGUCAUGGUGGUGGAACCAAACCAACUUUAUUAAACCGGCCUUGGACACUUAUAUGAAUAUGGGUGUGUAGUUUGUGGUAGAACAAGAGUGGAGUUGUUUUCUGGGGGGUCCGCAUGAGUCUUCCACAAAUUUUGGGUGUGUGUGUAUGUCUGUGAGUCCACCGCAAAGAGAGUAGUUGUAUGUGAUUGCUCGUAUAGGUGUCUUUGCAUAUUAAUGGAAAGGGUUUUGUUGUUAUUUUUUGCCGCGCAAAAAUUCUACACGUCUUAUCUGAGAAACACUCUAGUAUCAAAAAUCUUUGGUAGUCAAUUCCAUUGAAAGUACGAAUCUUUGUUCGGACAGUCUUGAAAUACAAGGAUCUUACAGUGGACAACCUUUGGAGAAAGGGAUGGCAGGGUGAGGUGGGUUGCGUGUUUUGUACGGAGGAUCCUGAGACGUUAAACCACAUUUUUGUUCGUUGUGAAAGUACUAGAUCUCUUAUGAGGUGCUUAGUACCGAACAAAGUGCUGCUUUUGAGCUGCAUUUCAGUUGACAGUUUCUAGGACGAGAGCAGCCGCAAAGGAGGAGCUCUAAGGGGGAGGGAGUUAGCGACAAUAGCUGCGUCUUGGUGGACCGUUUGGUUGGAGCGGAACAGAAGAAUCUUUGACAAAAAGUAGAGUUCCCCUAGUCAACUGUUAGCAGAUAUCCGUUCGCUCAGAAACCUUUGGUUCUCAUUCUGUGUUAAGUAGUAGUUUUUUUUUUUUGGUCUCCCAGGGCCUAGUUGCCUCAUCCUUGUGCAAAAUUCACCUUCCAAUUGAGUGAAGCAGUAGCAUGCUACCUUACUCUCAAAAAAAAAAAAAAAAAAAAGGAAGAAUUUUGAGACAUCAUCAGAUAAUCGUGCAGAUGGUUCCAUGCCAUCUUAGCUUGAUUACACAAACAAAAGUAACAAAAGGACUUAGAUUGCUACAUCUGCUAAACUGUAGAAACUUAAUUGUGAGAUUUGAACAUGUAGGAAUGAAAUUGGUUAGACCAAAACUUUAGGACCUAACAGGAUAAAUUGACCAUUUUUGUUGUUUUUUGUUCUUUUCCUCCACUCCAUUCCAAGUCAUGCUUCCAUUAGGCUCCUCGCUAAUCUCUUUUUUUCUCAAUGAGAUAUCGCAACCAAUUAAGAAGCAGGUUCGCUAUUGCUUCCAUCUCGAUGCUAAUGUCACUGCUCUUUCCGAAUCCUUAAAGGACUUAGAAUGUGCAAAAUGUGGAAUAACUGAGAAAAUCCAAACUGCUGAAUCUGAGCGGCGGAAAUGCACACAAGAAGUGAAGGAUUGGCUUGACAAAUCUCAAAUUGUAGAAGAGCAAGCGAAGGCCAUAAUUGAGAAGUAUGAGAAGAGAAAGAUGAGUCUUUGCGGCUGCUCUUGGAAUUGCUUUUUCAACGUCACUGUCAACAAGAAUGCAACAAAGAAGAAAACAAAAGUGAGUGAGCUGAUAAAUAAAGCACCUUCCGAUGUUGCCAAUUCACAUUUUCUGGUCGAUCCUAUCAAGGAGAUGCCAAACACUUACGGUGUUGUGGGCCAAGAAAUGUAUCUGCGGAAUGUAAUUGAUUACCUGCAAGAUGAUAAAGUUGGCAUCAUCGGGAUCUAUGGCAUGGGAGGGGUCGGUGAAACAACUCUCUUGAAAAGCAUCAAUAAUCAUUUAUGUGACAAUGCCGAACUUAUGGAGUUCAAUCAUGUGAUCUUCAUAAAGGUUGGCAAGAAUCUGGAUCUGAUGAAACUCCAGGAUGACAUAGCUCUUGAGGGCUUGCUUCUAAGGAAAGAAGAAAGCAUGCUAUCAAGAGCCACUGCUAUUUUCAAUUUCUUGAAAGGUAAGAAGUUCUUGUUGCUUUUAGAUGACCUCUGGGGAUCUUUGGAUCUGGAGGAAGUUGGAGUGCCUAGGCCUAAUAAAGGUACUCAUGUGCGACCUAAGCAAAAAAUAAUAUUAACCACAUGUUUUUCGGAUAUUUGUGGCAAGAUGCAAGCAGACAAGGAUGUGAGAAUUGAGUGUUUGAAUGAGGAAGAUGCCUGGAAUCUAUUAAAAUCGAAGGUUGCUGAAGCAACUAUGUCUAACAAUAGAAUACAAGUUCUUGCAAGAAGGCUUGCCAGAGAAUGUUCCGGUUUGCCAUUGGCUCUUACUACCGUUGGACUAACUAUGUCUAUGAAAAAGACUCCUAUGGAAUGGGAAAAUGCAAUAGGAUUGCUUAAGAAAUCAUCAUUCCCCGAAAUAUUGAGUAAGGACGAUGAUUUGUUUCCUGUCCUGACUAUUAGCUAUGAUUACUUGAAGGAUGAUAGAAUGAAAAAUUGUUUCCUCUUUUGUUCCUUGAUUCCAGAAAAUAUUAUGGUGCCUUCAGAAUACAUCAUUGAUUGGAUUCUGCGCCUUCCAAGUCUCCAAGAAUUGUAUCUAUAUGAUUGCAAAGGACUAGAACAAAUGAUAAGUGAAGAAGCAACACCAUCAUCAUUACCAUCAUCAUCAUCAGCUAAUCAGCGGCCCACGUCUCAGUUUUCGAACCUUAAAUUUGUUUUGCUUGAUAGCCUUGAAGAAAUGACAAGCAUAUGCAAUGAUAGCUUGCAAUUCCCGUCUUUGGCGCGCAUUGGAGUGUUUAACUGUAGGAAGCUAAAACAACUAUCGAUGGGGCUGUAUACUGAAGGAAAGGACAGAGAUAUUCAUGGGGAGGGACAAUGGUGGAACAGCUUGGAAUGGACGGAUGAGAGCAUCAAAUCUCUGUUCUCACCCCUUUUUAUCGAACAUCCCGAUGGAUCUAGACCAAGGCCAACUCGCCUGCACGAACUUUUGUAUCCUGCUCUCAAUUUGGUAGUGAAUGUAUACCUAACAAUCUUUGCUUCCUUAUUGGAAAGUAUCCUGCUUACCUUGAAUUUAACAGAGUCCAUUAUUUUUUCAGAUCCAAAUUGUUUCAGCAGUGUAUUGUACCAGUUAAAUCCAAAUUGCGCAAGUUUGAUCGUCAAGUUCGAAAGCGAGAAGGCCAUUGCUAUUUUCCUCGGCAUUUGCAAUAUCUCGCUUUCGCGUAAUUUCCACUUUCUGAUUCCUGUCCCAAUGCUUCCUUCAGGCUCUGCGUCGGAUUAUUUCCUUUUUGGCCAUUACAAUGCAGUUGCUGCUUUCUCUUCUCCGCUGUUGAUGCUCGACAUCCAGUACAUUCCGCUGUUCACUCCGGUCAUCGACGUUUUCAUCAAGAAGAUAUGUAAGCCCAUCAAGAAGCAGAUCGGCUACUGCUCCUGUCCCAGUGCCAAUGUUGCUGCUCUUUCCGGCUCUAUCGACAAAUUGCAACGCAUGAGGGAUAUGAUCAAUGAGAAGAUCCAACUGGCCGGCAUGGAUCAGCAGGGGUGCGCAAAUGAAGUGAAGAAUUUGCUCGACUUGCUUCAAAUAGCUGAAGAUGAAGCAAAGAUUAUCAUUGGCAAGUACGAGAGGAAAAAGAGGCAGAAAUGUCUCUAUAGCUGCUCUUGGAAUUGCUUGUUCAACACCGCUAUCAGCAAACGCGCAGCGAAGAAGAGAACUGAAGUAAUGAAGCUGUUGAACAAAGCACCUUCUGAUGUUACGUAUUCAAACUUGACGGUGGAAACUGUCGAAGAGGUUCCUACGACACAUGCUGUGGUUGUGGGACAAGAGGUUUAUUUGAAAAAGGUUCUUAGUUACCUCAAUGACGUGACAGUCGGUAUCAUCGGGAUACAUGGUGUAGGAGGAGUCGGCAAAACAACUCUUCUGAGAAGCAUCUAUGAUCGGUACAAUGGAAAUGGCAAGGGAGCCGAGUUUGAUCAUGUCAUCUUGGUAAAAGUCGGAAACAAUCCGGAUCUGAUGAAGCUUCAAAGGGACAUAGCCAACGAGGUCGGCUUGCUUCUAGGGAACGAAGAAAGUGAGGUAUCACGAGCCGUUGCUAUUUACAAUUUCUUGAAAGAGAAGAGGUUCUUGUUGUUUUUAGAUGACCUCUCGGAGUCGUUAGAUCUCGUGGAAGUUGGAGUUCCAUUGCCGCAUGGAGAUAGCGAGGCCCAACAAAAGCAAAAGAUAAUACUAACUACACGUUUACCCGAGCUAUGCUGUGAGAUGCAAGCGAAAAAGGUCAUCAAAAUGGAAUGUUUGAAUCGGGAGGAUUCAUGGAUCCUGUUCAAAUCAAAGGUUGGUGAAGCAACUAUAUCUAACACUGGAAUACAAGGCCUCGCAAAGAAGGUUGCUAGGGAGUGUGGCGGCUUGCCUUUGGCUCUUACCAUCGUCGGACUAGCUAUGUCUAGGAAGAAGACGCGGAGGGAGUGGGAGAAUGCAAUCAAAUCACUCAAGAGAUCAUCAUUCAACAGAUUAUCAGGUACGGAGGACAAAUUGUUUUCCUUUCUCCAUAUGAGUUAUGAUAAUUUGAAGGAUGAUAGGAUGAGAAAAUGUUUUCUCCUUUGUUCCUUGAUACCAAGAGACAAACUUAUGCUUUCGGAGUUUGUUAUUAGAACUUGGAUCGGACUAGGAAUAAUGGAUGACAUCGACGACAUGGAAGAUGCUAACAACAUGGGGCAUUUUAUUCUAAGAAGCCUAAAGGAAGCUUGCUUGUUGGAGAGCCAUGCCAAAUUCGAUAUGUAUGUCGGAAUGCACAACAUCAUUAGGGACUUCGCCUUGUGGAUAGCUUCUAACUAUCGGCGGGAGAAGAAGAAUUGGUUGGUGCAAACAAACAUUAAGGAAGUGAAUUCCGACGAGUGGAGCGACGCAGAAAGGAUAUCAAUUAUCGGAAACCAGGAGUUAGAGGUACUACCUGAUUCUUGUGAUUGCCCUCAUCUUAAAUCCUUGAUGUUGUCUCACAAUCCGCAUCUUUCGAAGAUCCCAACAAAACUUUUUCCAGGAAUGCCAUCUUUAACAUACUUGGAUUUAUCACACAUUUCUCUCAAGCAACUUCCUACGGAAAUUGGUACUUUGCUAAAUUUACAGUGUCUCAUCCUUUCCUAUUCAUCCAUCUCAUCGUUGCCUGAGGAGUUGAAACAACUUGUGAAUUUGAAGUACUUGGAAUUGGAAGGUAUCGUUGGACUUAAGGAGAUUCCGAAGGGUGUAAUAUUGAAUCUGCUUCAGUUACGGGUGCUUAAUCUGCAAGGUUCUAAUUUAUUUCUCGGUGAUCCGAACGGAUUGCAAUUUGAAGAAUUGAAAUGCUUGACGAGACUUAGAGCAAUCGGAAUCGCCAUAAGAGAUAUUCCCUCUCUCGAAAUGGUCUUCGGUUUACUGUACAUUACGCAAUAUUCUCUCUCCAUACUACGUAUAAUCGGUACAGUCUCUCUCCAUUUAUCACCAAGAGUUCUUCACGAUACCAAAGCAAGAGGCCUUCGGAGAUUAACCGUGGGAUUAGCUGACAGUUUGAAGGAGUUGGUCGUGGGCAAGGAAAGUGAAAUUGAGGAGAGCGAAGUUGAUCUAACUUGUAGCCUUUCGCGUUUGCAAAAUUUACAGCUGCUAUUCCUCCCUAUCUUAGAAAAGAUCAUUUGGAGAGGUAUUGAUCCUCAUCAAUGUCUUCCUAACCUCGCUUGUUUGCGCAUCUUUAGAUGUGAUAGCCUCGAAGAUAUUAGUUGGGUAAUGCGACUAUCGCGUCUCCAAGAGCUAUACGUAUCGAAGUGCAAAAGAUUGAAGCAAAUCAUCACCGAAGAAGCAACGAGCUCGUCAUCGUCAGCUAAGUAUCGGCUCACGCCUUCUUUUCCUAGCCUCAAGUUAAUUUGGCUCGAUAAUCUCGAACAACUUACUAGCAUUUGCGGUGACGAAAUCUCCUUCCCUUCAUUGGAAAGCAUUGCUGUAUAUGACUGUUUGAAGCUGAAUAAACUGCCACUCGGGCUAUGUAGCGCGGGAACGAAAAGAGAAAUCUUCGGGGAGAGAAAAUGGUGGGAUAGCUUGGAAUGGAGCGACGACAGAAGCGUCGGGGCCUCUUUUUUCUUCGUCUUUUAGAGAAACUACUGAUAGAUCUUUACCAAAGUUCGGUUAUUCAUACGAACUUCUACAAUGAUUUUCUCUACAAUUUUCUUCUCUCCAAUUUUCCACAUUUUGAUCAUAUUGUCUUUUGUUUUGUUUUGUUUUCUUUUUUUGGAAUGUCUUGAUUGAAUUGGUCUAUUUUGGA